AUGGCCGAGGGACUGCCGAGUGUCUUUGAGGCGUACCGCGACGAGAUCGAUGCCUAUAAUGACCGCCGUGAGCGCCUGAUCAAGACGUCGCGCGAUGUGACUGCGCUUUCCAAGAAACUCAUUUUCCACCUGCACCGCUACUCUGUCGCGCACGGCUGGCCGACCGAGCCUGGGCGCGAGGCCAAUGCCAAGCUGCUGCGCGACGCACACACAAAGCUCGAGGAAGUGUACGCGAUGCUGCGGUCGUGUGCCGAUGUCGAAGAGCUCGCGAGUACGAGCGCGCAGCCGAGUCCGAAUAUGCUGCGUUUUGAGCGCUUUGUCGGCGCGUCGCUCGAGGAAAUGAUUGAAGGCGCCUCGUUUCUCUACUUUUUGGAGCAUGACGCACUCAUCCCCCUGUCUGUCCUACAGGCCGCGCUGUCGACCGAGCAAGGCAUCCUCCUGUACAUUACACCCAUGCGCUACCUCUUGGGCCUUUCUGAUCUGACUGGCGAGCUGAUGCGCUUUGCAAUCAACUCGGUCGCGAGUCCGAAUGCGUCGUCGAUCAUUGCGCGCGUCGUGGGGAUGCAGCGGGCGAUUUACGAGGCGCUCGAGCCUCUGGCCCCAUUCCAAGCCGAGAUCCGCAAGAAGCAGCAGGUCUCUUUUACUUCCUUGCGCAAGGUCGAGGAUGGUACGUGUGUGUGCUAA